CGGCCUGCAGUUUGUUUACGUUUAUUUAUAAAACAGUGCAAACAAAAAUGCGUUGGGCGCUUGCAUUUGUUAGUUUCGGUUUGCUGUGCAGUCAGCAAGUGCUGUGCACCUUGACGCCAGAUAACAAAGCUAAGACCAAGCAGAAGGACUCAAAAUAUUUGCGUGGUCCCCAGGACCUCGAUGUAUUUGGGCUAGACUUAAUCUCUCCCGAGCCUACUGCCAAGGAUAUACUUAUGCACCAUAAUGCAUAUUAUAAAGACACGUCUUUGCGGAACUUUAAUAGCACCGUACUUGGCUAUGUCACACCUUGGAAUUCACAUGGCUAUGACGUGGCCAAGAUGUUUGCCAAAAAGUUUGACAUGAUAUCACCAGUUUGGUUGCAAAUUGUAAAGCAAGGCGACGCCUACGCGGUGGCUGGCACACAUGAUGUAGAUCCCGGCUGGUUGACGGACGUGCGACGGAAGGGCAAAGUGCAACAGCAGGCAAUGAUGCGCACAGUCAAGAUCUAUCCGCGGGUUAUAUUUGACCAUUUUACCGAUCGUGAUAUAAAGCUGUUGCUUAGUGAAGUCAAUGAACGCACGCAGCUCAACGAGGUGCUCAUCAAGACUUGUAAGGAGCACGGCUUCGAUGGAUUAGUGCUAGAGGUGUGGUCACAGCUAGCUGGACGCAUUGACGAUAAAAUUCUCUACUCCUUGGUGCUACAAAUGGCCAAAGAUUUACAAAAACAACAGCUACGUCUGAUAUUAGUUAUACCGCCGCAUCGUAAAGACGUUCCCAAUAUAUUUGGAGAAAAGCAUAUGGACAAGCUGUACAAACAUGUGCAUGCCUUUUCGUUGAUGACAUAUGACUAUUCCAACGUACAGCGUCCUGGUGCAAAUGCUCCGUUGUACUGGAUGCGUAAAGCUGUCGAGAACAUUGCUCCAACUGGUUGCCACGACAUGCAGGCAAAGCGCGCAAAAAUACUGAUGGGCUUGAACAUGUACGGCAAUGAUUAUACACCAGAUGGUGGUGGCCCCAUUACUUUUGGUCAAUAUUUGGAGCUACUGCGGCAUGUAAAAAAGCCUUUGACUCAUGACGAGCGUGAUGUCGAAAAUUUCUUUGAGAUCAAAAUUGAAACUGGGCGUCAUAUUGUAUUUUAUCCUACACUUUAUUCAGUUCACGAGCGCAUCAAGUUGGCUAAAGAGCUGGGCGUUGGAUUGUCCUUAUGGGAGCUAGGGCAAGGCUUGGACUACUUUUAUGAUCUCUUCUAAACAACGAGCAAUAAACUCUAAUAUCCUUUUUUUACAAAGAAUAGAGAUAUAAAGUACGAUACCAAAGUUAUUUU